GUGAGAGGGAGACGGAGUUGCGGACCGUUUUUCGCGCUCGUAAUUUUUAUUUCUUUCUAGAAGUUAAUAGUGUUUUGGCGACUUGAUAUACGCAGUAUAUUGGCCCAAACAUUGACUUUUGGUUUGUUUUCGGUCACUGGACAGUGCAUGUGAGUACUGUUACCGAGGGAAACCCGAGGACAACAACCUUGAGCUUCGGGAAUCGUUUGAACACAUGUGACUCGCUAGCUGCGAAUGGCAUGCAAAGCGAGUUACUAACUGUUUUGGACGAGCAAAGAGGACUGCAGCUCCGAGUGAACUGAGUGCUUGUGCAACGUGUGAAUAAUAAGUGAGUACUCCUCCGCUGUUGCUGUGGAUGUCCGCCUGUUUGCCGUGUGAGCUUCGGGGACCCCUUGUCGACGCCUGUUUCGUCCGGAACUAAAGCCGUUUUUCUGUGACUACCAACAGAAGCGCCGGUGAAACCAACAUAAACAUCAACUUCAACUCAUCUUCUAAAGCUAAGUAUAUUUCUUUGUUAUUAUGGCCCCAGCAGGAGCUUUAUUUCCCUGUAUCGAGUGUAAUAUGUUCAGUUAUUCCUUCUCCGUGUUUAGUGAUAACUUUACAUGUGAUAAGUGCAGAUUAGUUGUUAGCCUGACGGAGAAGAUCUCAGUGUUAGAAGGGCGCAUUCGGGCGUUAGAACAGACUACUACUAGUGAGGGCUUAGAUUUAGCUGUAGCAGUCCCGAAUGCCAGCAGUUCAGGUGUAGAACCCCAGACUCCGGCAUUAGAGCCCUCACAGCGGGGCGACUGGGUGACGUCUCGGCGACAUAGUCGUAGGGCAAAGCACCGACCAUCUCAGUUGCACGUGUCCAACAGGUUUUCCCCACUCAGUGAGCCACCCGCUGAGCAGCCUGUUAAUGUAAGUGCUCUGGUUAUAGGAGAUUCUCAGCUCCGACACGUGCGUAUUGCAACCCCCAUAGAGACACCAGCAACCAUAGUCACUUGUAUUCCGGGGGCCAGGGCGCCUGACAUCAGAGCAAACCUGAAAGUGCUGGCUAAUGCUAAUCGUAGAUUUUCGAAGAUUGUUAUCCACGUCGGCACUAAUGAUGUUCGUUUACGGCAGUCUGAGGUUACUAAGUGUAAUGUUAAAGAGGUGUGUGAGUUAGCUAGGUCGAUGUCUGAGGCAGUAGUGUGCUCUGGCCCCUUACCGAUUCCACCCAGUGGCGAAACCUACAGCAGGUUGUUGUCGCUGAACCGCUGGAUGUCUAAAUGGUGCUCAGAAAACUGCAUUGAUUUUGUAAAUAACUGGUCCACCUUUGAGGGAAGGCCUGGUCUUUUGAAGCGGGAUGGUGUCCACCCCACGUGGGAGGGUGCCGCUCGCAUUUCUUGCAGCAUAGGUGACAGGCUUUACCACCGCGUUAGUGUAGCGGCAGAUAGUGGUAACUGACUAUCCAGAGCCAAGACCAGGCAGCAGACAAACAGGCCUAACCAACUGUCUGCGAGUCGCCAUCGGACGUCACCUGGAAUCCUUAGGUCACAAACCAUUGAGACUGUGUCUGUUUACCGUGGCAGGUGUAAGCCAAAACAAUAUCAAAAAGUAUGUCAUAAUAACUUAAUUACAAUUAAUCUAAAUGAGCAUCAUGAAAACCCUAGUAAGGCUAAACUAAAGUUAGGACUUCUAAACAUCAGGUCACUUGCAUGCAAAACAGUAAUUGUAAAUGAAAUAAUGACAGAUAAUUGUCUUAGUGCACUUUGUUUAACCGAGACCUGGGCUAGACCUGAUGAGUAUCUAGGUUUAAAUGAAGCAUCUCCUCCGGGUUACAGUUAUGAACAUAAGCCACGUCUUAGUGGUCGUGGUGGAGGAAUAGCUACAAUUUAUGAUAAAGACAUAGGUCUUACUGUAAAAUCAUCUCCCAUAACAAACUCGUUUGAGGUUCUUAUCUCUGACAUAACCAAUAAAGGUUCAUCUGAUAAAAAUAGUAUGUUUAAACUGGUUACUGUUUAUCGACCCCCUGGUCCUUACUCAGAAUUUCUUAACGAAUUUGCUGAUUUUCUUUCUUUCUGUCUUAUCAACUAAGAAAGCUUUAAUUGUUGGUGACUUUAAUAUUCAUUAUGAGGAUAAGUGUAAUCCACUCAAAAUUGCGUUUGAUUCUAUUUUAGAAUCUUUAGGCAUCACCCAAAAUGUAACAGGACCCACUCACCGCUGUAAACAUACCUUAGAUUUAAUACUUACUUAUGGUAUGAACAUAGACAACCUGGUAAUCGUACCACAGAAUGACUUAAUAUCUGAUCACUCCCUACUAAUUUAUGAAGUGACCCUGUCCAAUAAUAUACAGCAACCACAUCGUUUUAAAUGUAAGCGCACUAUUACAUCUGCAACUGCAGCAGCGUUCAUAAACUGCCUACCAGAAUUACCAAAUAUAUCAGCAUCAGAACCUAAAGAACUAGAUCAGGCAACUCAAAACCUAGAGACCGUACUGCGCACAACCUUAGAUAACGUAGCUCCACUCAAAACUAAACUGAUUAGGGAGAAAAAACUUGCUCCUUGGUACAAUGACCACACAUGCGCACUUAAACAAGCAGCACGGAAAUUAGAACGCAAGUGGCGUCACACUACACUGGAGGUGUAUAAGAUUGCUUGGAAAGAUGCUCUAACUGAGUAUAAACAUGCACUUAUAAAAGCUAAAUCUUUAUAUUAUUCGUCCCUAAUAGAGAAAAAUAAAAACAAUCCCAGAUUCCUCUUUGAGACAGUGUCCAAAUUAACUAAAAACGUCAAUGAAACUGAAUCUAAUAUACCGCCUGACUGUACCAGCGAUGAUUUUUUAAAAUUCUUUAAUGACAAGAUAGAAAAAAUACGACUUCAGAGUCAAAAUGUGUCACUUGCCAAUGUUAAGUCUGGACUCACUCCGAGCAGCAUUGGUGAUAAUAGUAACGAGUUCAUCCACUAAAUUCCUUUAAUCCAAUCUCCCAAAAUGAACUAACUGUGCUGAUUAAAUCAUCUAAGUCAUCAUCGUGUAUACUCGAUCCUGUUCCAACUCGUUUACUUAAAGAUUUACUCCCAGCUAUUGUAGAGCCCCUGCUUACAUUAAUCAAUGCAUCCCUUAGCCUUGGGUACGUACCUAAACUGUUUAAAAGUGCCGUUAUUAAACCCCUGAUUAAAAAACCUAAUCUUGAUCCACAUGUACUAGCUAAUU